AUGAGAUUCUCGUCUACUUUAUUUGUUGCACUUUCUGCAUCUUUGGCGAUUGCAGUUCCUGUUAGCUCGGGGACUGAAGCAGCGGCCGAAUGGUUUGACAAGGCCUACUCCGAGAAGCGUUCUCCCAAGGAAGAUGCUGCUGCUGCUGCGUGGUUCGACAAGGCUUAUUCCGAGAAGCGUUCUCCCGAGGAAGAUGCUGCUGCUGCUGCGUGGUUCGACAAGGCUUAUUCCGAGAAGCGUUCUCCCGAGGAAGAUGCUGCUGCUGCUGCGUGGUUCGACAAGGCUUAUUCCGAGAAGCGUUCUCCCGAGGAAGAUGCUGCUGCUGCUGCGUGGUUCGACAAGGCUUAUGAGUCGAUUUAA